AUCCGCCGGCACGCAGGUACGCGGGGAGUGCGAUCUGCAGACCAGCCCACCCCUGGGCGUUAGUGAAGGGCGCCCCGGGUCGCCCCAAAGCCCCCGCCCCAGAUGUACUAUGCGGUUUCCCAGGCGCGUGUGAACGCGGCUCCCGCGACCAUGUUGCGGCCACAGCGGCCUGGAGACCUGCAGCUCGGGGCCUCGCUGUACGAGCUGGUGGGUUACAGACAGCCACCCAUCUCGUCAUCCUCAUCCUCCUCCUCCUCCACCGCAUCCAUUCUCCCCAAGCCUGCGCGCGAGAAGCCCGAAGCUCCGCUCGCUGAGCCGCGGGGACCGGCGCCGGAGUCCGGGGGCACCCGGGCCGACGCCAAAGAGGAACAGCAGCAGCAGCAGCUGCGGCGCAAGAUCAACAGCCGCGAGCGGAAGCGCAUGCAGGACCUGAACUUGGCCAUGGACGCGCUACGCGAAGUUAUCCUUCCCUACUCGGCAGCGCACUGCCAGGGCGCGCCGGGCCGCAAGCUCUCCAAGAUCGCCACUCUGCUGCUCGCCCGCAACUACAUCCUGCUGCUGGGGAGCUCGCUGCAGGAGCUGCGCCGCGCGCUCGGCGACGGUGCGGGACCCGCCGCCCCGCGCCUGCUCCUCGCUGGCCUGCCUCUGCUGGCUGCCGCGCCGGGCUCUGUGCUGCUGGCACCCGGCGCCGUGGGACCCCCCGAAACGCUGCGCCCCACCAAGUACCUGUCUCUAGCGCUCGACGAGCCACCGUGCGGCCAGUUCUCUCUCCCAGCUGGUGGCGCGGGUAGCCCCGGCCUCUGUUCUUGUGCGGUGUGCAAGUUUCCGCAUCUGGUCCCCGCCGGCCUGGGCUUGGCAGCCGUGCAGGCUCAAUUCUCCAAGUGAGGGCUGGCUGGGCCCGGGGCGGGGCGCGACCUCAGCCAAUCUUCCCGCGCCCUCGCGUCCUGGAUCUAGGCAGAGCUGGUCCCAGAAAGGAGGACAUUUCCAGACUUCUCGCCCAGACGACAGACUGUAGGGCGCCUUCUUCCCCGCCCCCACUCCCUGGCAAUUAAAAUGACCCAAGCGGGUGUUCCAAGGAGAGACGCAGUUGCUUGAGAUUCUAGAUGAAUCCCACCUGUUUAGAGCCAGAAGUCUUCGCAUCCCUACCACAAGCUCACCCACUGGUGGGGGUGAUAACCCCUAUCACCGCGGGCUGUUCUUGUAUCCGUGAGCAUAGCGGGGUCCGGGACGACAGUAGUCAGAGGUGCGGUACGAAGGGGUUGCCCUGGGUGCAGCGAAAGGCUGCCCCCCCGAGCUUGGUGCCCUGGCAUGCUCCAGCUCCCUGGCCUAAGAGCUGCUCCCCAACAGUGUCUACCCAGAGGGGCGUCCUUUCCUUGUCCAGGGCCUGAGCGCACAGGCUCCCUUGCUCCCUCCAGUCAAACCCAUGCUGAUCUAGGAGGUCUAGAAAGCCCAGGCACCGGUACAAACAUCAAGGGUGUUGCGGAUGGGCCUGGAAAGCCCAGAGUUUCCGAGUUGGAUGUUGCGCAGGUACGCGCUGUGACAGCGCCCGGUGGAUGGGGAUGCGGAGUGGAGAGGUUACUCUGGCCUCCUGUUUUUCAAACUUACCCCGGUGUUUUGUUGCAGUUUACGCUCCUUAAAACCUAAAACCCUACUUAGUCUCCGUUUCCCUAAAGGUAAUUUAACCAACGUUUGAGCUUGCUUGAAAACAAAAUUCCAACCACGUUCCGCGCCAUCGGUGUUCGGACUUACUAAAAUAGUUAGCAAGGCACUUCGUAGCGCAGGCUUAUGAAAUUAGGUCAUUAACGUUCUCAUUAAAGUAAGCGGAGGUGGGCGAGGAUCCCAAACCGCCCUUGGCUGGACAAACCCAGCUGCGCUGCAAGCGGGAAGGAGCUGGCGCUUCGCGGGCUGGCUGUUAACCACAGCAGUGUGGCUGAAGAACUCCGUGGACGCGUGCGCGCAUGGAUGCCGCAUCUUGGCUUGUGACUAGCGUUAGGAAAUUACCCAAGAUUAUUGCAUAAUCUUCACCAGCUUGCUUUGACUUUUUUUUUUUAAUGUUGGAAGUUUUGGGUUGUUGACAGUAGCCGAAUUAACUGGCAUUUUAUUUGACCUCUAACUCUGUCCCCCCUGAACUGUACAGAAACCACAAAAUAAAACGUCAACAGUUGAA